UGACAAAUUCAAAUAGCUUUAGUAGACUCCAAUUUAAUGGAAACAACCUCAAGAUGGAUGAUACUUUGGAUGAUGAAGCUUGGAAAGAUUCAUUUGAUAAAUUACUGGAUCCCCGACCGCAACUGCGAAUGCUCAACAUAAUUAAGUCGAAUGUCAGAGCAUCCUUUAACAUUGAUUCCAGCAUAGAAAAUAGCAGCCACAGCAUUCUAAAAGAAAACAAGGAGCCGGUCAGGCCAAAGCAACAUAUUUUAGAUGUCUGCGAUGAUUUGGGUGAAGGGGAAAAGCGCUCAAUUUCAACGCCGUUUGGAAAACGCUUAGGCGUUGAUUUAUUUCACUGCGGAAUAUCUCCUAUCACGGGAAUGAAACUUGACGGCUUCGGCGGUAACACUGAGAAACUACAAGAUCGUGUGGAGGUAGAGCUGCACAUAAAAAAACGAGUAUGCUUCGAAGUUGAAUCCACGAAUACCAUCAGUAAUUCGGACGAAUUGAAAAAUAAAUUCAAGGAUAGGAACUCAAAGAAUAUAUCUGACGAGCAUCGAGAGGGUAUUCGGUCUUCACUUGUUUUACAGCCAGGAAAGUGGCGAAAAUCUCUUAAUUGUUGGCGCCGAACGCAUGUAGUUGAAACGACUCUAGACAUAAGCGUAAACCCUCCUUUGAUAACUCCCCGCGCACAUACGCAAGUCAGGCCUUCCAGUUUAGGGCGUAAAUCGAUAUUUUUAAAUGACUGCAAUAACAUAGAUAAUGAUUUUGAGAGCCAAGUCCUGAGACAUUGCGAUCAGCGCAAGCCGAUUCGAUUUGACAUUUUAUAUGCACCUUCAAAAAUGGUGAAUGCCAAGAAGAUAGGCGAAGGUGCGUAUGGCGAAGUGUUUCGGUACAGUGGUAAAAAGAGAAAAAGGAAUUCAUAUAGCACUGACGUGGUCCUCAAAGUAAUACCUAUCGAAGGUUCUACUGAAAUUAACGGAGAAUUGCAAAAAACCUUUGCACAAAUAUUGCCAGAAAUUAUUAUUUCCAAGAAAAUGAGCAGUCUACGGGUAGGGAAAAAUAACACCACAGACGGAUAUGCAAAUAUAUUCAAGGUGUCUUUAGUUAGAGGAACGUAUCCGGAACAUUUGAUAAAGCUUUGGGAAAGUUACGACGAUGAAAAGGAAUCUGAAAAUGAUCAUCCUAAAAUAUUUGCAGACGACCAACUAUUUAUAGUUUUGGAAUUAGAGUUUUCUGGAGAAGACAUGUCCAAUUUUAAAUUUGUUAAUGCUGAACAGUCGUACUAUGCAUUGCAACAGAUUAUUUUGGCCCUAGCCGUUGGCGAGGAGGAGUGCCAAUUCGAGCAUCGUGACCUUCAUUGGGGCAACAUAUUAAUCGAACCAACUGCUGAGAAAGAAAUUUCUUAUACAUUUCAUACAAAGGACUUGACGUUGUGUUCGAAAGGGGUGAAAAUUACAAUCAUUGACUAUACUCUAUCAAGAAUAACUAUCGACGACUUUUGCAACUUUAAUGAUCUGGCUUCCGAUGCAGAACUGUUUGCGGCGUCAGGAGACUAUCAAUACGAUAUUUACCGAAUGAUGCGGGAUGAGCUAAAAAAUAAUUGGGCUCUAUUUUCCCCUAAAACAAACGUGUUUUGGCUGUCAUAUGUGACUGAAAAACUAAUUACUGGUGUUCAUUAUAAGAGCGUCAAUACGAAAGUUCACAGACUAUACAUCGAAAAGCUAAAGACAUUUCAAAGUACAAUACUGACGUUCGAAAGUGCAACCCAUUGCGUCAAACACAUCUUUGAUCUUACCUAGCGUUUAUUUUGUAUUAAUUGAUUAUAUUUUUAAUAAAAUUUUUAUUUUUUA